GAAUCGUAAGCUCUCUCAACACAGCGAGCGGGCCCACCAGCCUCAAGCUGAAGGAGGGUUAGACCACCUGCUAGGAGAAGCGUUGGAUUUCAUGCAGGUCAUCAGGGAGGUUCGGUCUUUGCUCAGUGAAGGGGAGAGUGGAAUUCCCUCUCAAGUUUACCUUGUUGAGACGUCAUUUCGCACUUGGAGACGCGUUACCGAUAGACCCCAUUCAGUCGCAUACUUUCUUGCCGAGCUAUGGCGAGGCAUGUUUUACCCGAAGCCCUGGGAAGAGAGAAUCGUCUUCCCCUCGGUUGCAGCAAUGGAACAGAUUCUGCACCCAUCUUCUUCAUUCAAUGAGCUAGAAGCAGCAUUUUUCUGCAUGUUCGUUGAGAGGUACCGUAAUGGUUUGAAGUUCUCUCGCGACAGGAUGAGUGCACUGCGGAAACUUCUGGCUGCCACUCAGGAGGAUGGUAAUCAUGACAUUGCUCGACAAGAUGCGCAGUACUUCCUUCCAUUUCGAGCGAUCGCACUCUUUGAGCUUCAGUUCAUCUCUGGUGAUGCCGGUCAUAACCUUGCCGACGAUGAUGUGGACCUUCUGGAGUUGCAUGGGCAAGCUGAAAUGCCUUUGCAUACUGCACACAAAAUUUGGCACAGGCUGUGGUCAGCUUGGCUCCCGGACGGACUGACUCUCCCAUUGCAGGGGCAGACUGGGCAGUAUGCUGCUGAAGUGAUUACGGGCGAGUUCAAUCCUAGUACAUUGUUAUGUAGUAACUCAUUGCUACCAUUAGGCAGCGAGGCUAUGUUGUGCAAAUCGAUGGAGAUGACGUGUGCUCAUCACGUUCUAACUUAUUCGGAUGCAGAGAAAGAUGACACCGAUGACGUGUUGUCGGCGAUCAACGCAGCAAAGCAAAGAAUCGCAGAGGCGAAGAGCCUCGGUCUUGUUGAGGAGGCUUAUCUGGGUUGCCAGGAUCUUGCGAACAUGGCUAUUUUUGAUGCCGCUACAGGCGACUGGACGACUGAAAAAUGUAUGUCUCUACUAGCGCGUGUGGUAGCCUUCUGCAUGAGUCGACGUUACAAGAAGUGGAGUCUAGAUGUGUUUGAUCUUAUGGGCACUUUGCAGGACCUCAAGACACCGACGUGCAAAAAUGGCGACCACAUCAUCCGCUAUAAGCUUAUACAUUUGAGGCUAGCAAGGGAAGUCGCCAUGGCUGAUCAGGCAUGCCUAGAAGCACAGAUGAGGGAGUUGCGGGUUGUGUGUGAACUCAGCAGUUGUUUGUUUACGCUUAAGCAAGUUGACUUGUCGAGGAUGCACUGGAAAGAUGCAAUCAGAUUGCACAGCUGCAUCCUCGACCGGUUUGGUAAUCCAUUGGCUUACUACCCACUAGAGGUGAUAGGGCCAUUGUGGGCCAAGUGUAAGGAGGGGAUUGCACUGCUUUGCACACACCAUGGAAACUAUAACGCCAGUGUCGGGUUGUAUAGGGAGGUUGGAGAAGUUUACAAGGAAUUAGAAAUGCUAAGCCCUUCAACAGAAGCAUGGUGGCUGAUCCAGAGGGCUCAUCUGAGUCUAUGGGUUGGGAAGGAAGGGCUCAUUGUUGUUGGAACAGAAGACCCGGCAGAACUUUUGGACAAGGCAGAAAAAAGGCUUGAGGUAAUGAAGACACAGGACACCUCGGAAACUUGCAAUCAGAUCAGGACACAUAUUCAGUGUUUGCGAACAUGGAUGCUUGUUGAGAAGGAAGAGAGUAGAAAGGCAGUAGAGAAUGUCGAGGCUCUUGCAGCGACCUUCAGUCGUUAUCGCGUUUUCCAACUAUCUUCAUGUCUUCACAACACGGUUGGCAAUUACCAGCAAGCCGAGAAAGCAAGAGUGGAGGGUCUGGCUUUGUUCAAGAGCACGCAGCGGUCAAUUGGAGUGGGUGGGAGUCUGCCUGAGGCAUGGCUGUCGAUCUAUGGAGGGGAAGAAGAAGAUGAAUUCCGGGAUGCGCAAAUCGAUUGCCACAAUCGAGACGAUGCCUCUGGAGCACUUGUCUGGAGCGAGUGGUCGCAUCACAGGCUUGCCUCCUCAGUGCUCAUGUCCCGCAAGCAAAUGGCUCGGGGGUCGGAAAACAACAAUGAUAUGGUGACAAGUACUAGACAAUCUUCCGCAGGAGGCGAUGACGAUGGCAGAGAGUCUGAGAUACUUUUCGAGCAGUUCGAUUCUGACAUGGAGGCAGCACUGCUGAUGAUUCAGAGAGGGUGUGAGCUAUGCGGACCAGGAACCACAAUGAUAGAGUACCAUUUCUCCCCGGGGACCGAUUCCCGGGACGAAAUACUUAUGAUCUACGUUCUGACUGUAAGGAAUUGGCAUCUAAGGAGCAUUGCAAGGCUGUACAAACCAUCAACCGGUGUCGAGGUGCAUGUGAAGAAGCUGAUGGAGGUAAUGAAUGCGGACCCAUUGGAAACGGAACCUACUACUGGAGUUUGUUCCAACUUGGACCUAGCACAUGAUCUUCGAGGCAACAAUAAGAGUGAUACGUCGAUGAACAAUCAUGCUGGGCUACCAGGGCUAGGUUGUGCGAACUCGAAGAAGUCGCCGGUCGCUUCUUCUAGUUCAAUUUCAAGAACACCUCCCGCUUUGCCUCCGACUGCAAGAGGACCUCAUGUUAGCUCGAAAAUGAAGCAUGGGCUACUAGGCAAGCAGUCCCAAGACUCCCAACAUAGGAGAACCACCAAAGCAAUCCUAGAGAAACUAUACAAACUGCUUAUUGCACCAGUAGAACAUGUCCUUGAGGAUGUCACCCAAGAUGACAAGCUGGUUUUCGUGCCGCAUGGUAUUCUUUGGAAUGUGCCUUUUGCUAUUCUCAGAGAUGGAAAGCGACGAGGAUCAUCGAACAAGCCAUACCUUAUUGAGCGGCACACUAUUGGUAUAGUCCCAGCGGCUCAUCUUCUUCCAGUCUUGCAAGAGGGAAGUGCACAUCUCUUGAAGAAGAUGUGUCGUGAAGAUGUCGAUGAGAACCAUGGCAUGGGUGUACAAGGGCGAUCAUGGAAGUCUGUUGUUCUCGGCGAUCCUUUUCCUCCUGCAUAUGGUAUGGACCCACUACCUGGUGCACGAGAGGAGGCCAGGGAGAUUUACAGUUUUUUGGCACCUGGGACUGCAACACUGCUCAUUGGAACAGACGCCACCAAACCACAAGUAGUGCCGAGACUCGAGCGCGGAGCUCCCAUAGCUCAUUUUGCAACACAUGUGCUGGUGGGGUCCAGAGCAGAGAUAAAAAGGGACAUAGACACUGCAGACAUGGGUUUGCUGGUUCUUGCUGAUUUAUGCUCUCCAUCGGAUGCACCCCCUCCCGACCCCUCUUCCCCGCCACGAUCUUCCCGCCCUUCCAACCCUUUUCUGUCCUCCAUCAGUGGCACUAGAUGUGAUAGCAGUGAAGGCCCUCUGCCAAGAACUCGACAGCACACAACAAAGGUUACAGCAGGCCUCAAUGAUCUCCAUUUGUCCGGAUCCACCCUGACACAUGUCAACCAGGUCAUUGCAGCUGAACCUUAUACUGAUGCCGCCAAUGCGAGAGACAAAAUACCAACAUCUCUCCAUACUCUCCUUCCUGAUCCUGUCUGUGGCACUUCAGACGUUCCUCCAGCUGUAGACAAGCUUCAGACAAUAGGAGAUCGCAAUGGUCUGCAAGACAGUGGGCGAUGGAAUGGAGCUGGUGAUACUACGUACGAUUCCGGAGAAUCGUCGGCUGAAGGGUUGUUUUUAGAGUUUGUAAAAGAUUGCUAUUUUGAAAAUGAAGAGGGUCGCUAUGAUCUUGGGGGAUUGUCGGCGGAAGAGAUGCUGAAGUUGUUCAAUUAUGAUGUGAAUACUCUUUUGGUAGUUCUCAGUGGAUGUAAUUCCUCACUCGGCCGUCUGACACCAGAGGGUGUGCUCAGCUACACCCGGUCUUUCUAUAUGUCGCGGGUUCCUUGUGUGGUUUCAUCUCUUUGGCCAGUCUUUGAUGAUGCUACCCGUCCACUCAUGCUAGCCUUUUAUGGGGCCCUUCGGGAUGGGAAUGAUGUUUCGUCAGCCCUUCGUAUCGCUAUCCUGAGUAUGAUGUAUGCAAGGCGACCAUCACAAAGUUCUGUUGCUGUCGUACCGGACCACGGCACCUUGUCGCCAUCCGAUUCGAUACUUUGUCAGUCCAGCAAGUCCGCAGGGGAGGUACAUAACUCUCAAGAGAGGGAUGCAGAGCAGCAGUGCAAUACCAAACAUCAUACCAACGGACCAAGAGGUGUGCCUUUUCCUCAGGAUAACGACCCCCCACUCGCUAAUCAGAUACAAUCUAGUACUCAAGAACCAGAAGACAGUGGUUGUUGUUCUAUUCGAUACCAUCAAUAUCGUGAUCGCACAUCUUUGCAACCAUUGCCAGGUGUCAUUGUGGUGGAAGGCAUCUGGGAGGAGGAGGAGGAGGAGGAGGAGGAGGAGGAGAAGGAGGAGGAGGAGGAGGUGGAAGGCAUCUGUGAGGAGGAGGAGGAGGAGGAGGAGGAGGCAUCUGCUGAUGGUGGUGGAGUUGUAAACCCAUUCCACAAGGGAGAGGAUUCAGAGGGAGGACCAGAAGAUUGCAUGCCAGGUUGCAGGCAAGACGAAACCUCGACCAAGCGUGGAGGCAACCUCAGCUGUCUUUGUGUGAAUGAGAAAGAUGAGGAGAAUUCAACACCACCUGAUUUCAGUGAUUUGGACAUUGCAUCAGAAGCCUCAGACCAUUACUUACCAUCGGAGUCUCAAGAUGGAAGUGGAGAUGAGCGAGAGGGGAACGACAGCGGUGGUGACGAUGAGACUGAAGACAACGAUGAUGAUGAAGAUGAGGCCAGCCUACUUUGGGAGCCUCAACACUGGGGAGCCUUUAUGUCGGUUGGGCUACCAACCUUGAAACUCCCGCGCUGGUUGUUUGUCAACUCCAACUGACUCCAACUGACUCCAACUACGACUGUCGAAGACUGCCAGGGCAUCGGUAGCAGAGUGUGACAGUCACACGGACUCUCACGGUCUCACCUCAUCACAGACUUGUUGCCUUCAAGAGGUGUCUAUCAAGUGAAUAGCUUUAAGCCACCAAGGUACCUUAGGGGGUCUUAGGCCCCCUCUGGGCCCCGUCUGACGCAAAUGAAUAUGGACCCACGCA